GCAGAAGAAGAAGAAGUGCUGGAGCGCAACUCUUUAUCAGAUGUGCUGGAGUCACAGGAUGGCUGCAGAGCGACGCCACAGCGGCUCUGACCACAACAUGCCGAAUUAAGGUUCAUGCCUGGAAAAUAGAGCCUCCUGCAGGAAGGAGGAAGUGUGUGUGUGUGUGCGUGUGCGCGUCUAAGCCUGGGCAGUGACACACACGUGAUGGGUCCGAGGAGGAAGGCCUCUAAACUCCAGCCUGUAGUGGGCAGCAGUGGAGGGGAGCUGGUGCUGAGACCUAGUGAGCCCAAAGACUACAUCAAUGAGCUGUCCCAUGAAGUCCUCUGUCACAUAUUCAGGUACCUCCCCAUGAAGGACAUCAUGUGUAUGGAGUGUCUGUCCAGAAAGCUUCGGGAAGCAGUGACUCUGUACCUGCGAGUGGUCAAGGUAGUGGAUCUGUGUGCUGGUCGCUGGUGGGAGUAUAUGCCUUCAGGCUUUACAGACAGCAGCUUUCUGCUCCUUUUGAAGAAGAUGCCAGAUUUGGAGCAGCUGUACGGCCUCCACCCUCGAUACCUGGACAGGAGACGAGUCCGAGGCUACGAGUCCUUCAGCAUACCCGGAGCCCUGGAGGCACUACAAGCCUGUCCCAAUAUACUGGGGGUGGAGACAUCUCAUCUGGAGCUGGUGGAAGCCAUAUGGAACUAUAUGCCCCAGGUUCAUAUACUGGGAAAGUUCCGUAACCGUAACGGAGCUUUUCCAAUUCCUGCUGAGAACAAACUGACCAUCCCCAUCACCGCUAAGAUCCAGACACUACAUCUAGUGGGUGUGAAUGUCCCAGAGAUCCCCUGUUUGCCCAUGCUUCGCCACCUUUAUCUGAAGUGGGUCCGUUUCACCAAACCGCAGCCGUUCAAGGACUUUCUGUGUGUGAGCCUGAGAACUUUCGUCAUGCGGAACUGUGCAGGACCAACCAACUCCCUCAAAUAUGUUCCCCUGGUUACUGGGUUAGCAUCAGCCCGGAACCUGGAGCAGCUGGAGUUGGUGAGAGUUCCCUUCCUGGGAGGGCUGAUCCAACACGUGGUGGAGGACAGUUGGAGGUCAGGAGGAUUUCGGAAUCUCCACACCAUUGUGUUUGGAGCCUGUAAGAACGCUCUGGAAGUGGACUUGGGCUACCUCAUCAUCACCGCUGCUCGCAGGCUUCAUGAGCUGCGCAUCCAGCCUUCACUGACUAAAGAUGGAGUCUUCUCAGCUCUCAAAAUGGCUGAACUAGAGUUUCCUCAGUUUGAGACACUUCAUCUGGGAUACGUGGACGAGUUCCUGCUGCAAUGUAAGCUGAGUCAUUCGGAGCUGGUGAAGUACGGUCUGGCUGAUGUCAUUGAGAACCCCGGCAUCAUCACCGAUAUCGGCAUAAAGAUGGUGAACGAGGUGUUCACUAAUAUUAAAUACUUGCUCAUCUACAACUGUCCUCACCUGCAUAACCCUCACCACUGGAUCACAGAUCAGUCCAGAUGGAGUCGCCUCGUUGAUCUCACCCUGGUGCGCUGUCAUGCUAUCAAACUGGAAUCCUUCUCCCAGUUCAUAGAGUUACUGCCCAGUCUGGAGUUUAUCUGUCUGGACCAGAUGUUCAGAGAACCACCCAAGGGCUGUGCCAGGGUGGGCCUGAGUGCAGGAACUGGUAUUGGCGUGUCCUCGGCACUGGUCAGCAACCAGAACUCCAACAAUGACAAUGACAACAACAACAACAACCACCACCACCACAACAAUGAGGCCAACCUGCCUGCUGCUCCUCCACCUGUCGUCAACAACAACAACAACAUCAACAUCAACAACAACAACCAAAGACGGCAGCAGCAGAACAAUGCACCAGUGGAGGUCAAUGGGAUGGAUGAUGAGGAGGAAGAGGGGGAAGAGGAGGUGAUGCUGGAAGAGGAGAACAUGGACGCUGGGCCUCGAUUAGAGCUGAAAGGAGCAGAAGGGGAGGUGAGAGUUGAGGAGGCUGAUGUGGCUCUGGGUCCAAGCGGUCCAGCUGGAGCACCACAACAUCCUGAUGAGGAGCAAGCAGGUCCCAGUGGUUUAGUCCAGCAGUGCAGACCAGCUGGUGCCACGGUUCCAAAGCCCCCGCUGGUCAUCUCAGACUCGGACAGUGAGGAAGAGGAGGGCCUUGUUUCAAGGCUAAUGCCAGCUUCCUGUCUACAGCAGCCGGCUUCCUGUACAGAAGGUAAAGGGAAGACUCCUCUGAGGCGGAGCAACAAUGUGACUGUAUCGGUGGCGGUCUCGGUGGAUCAGACAAAGACUCGGGUGUUGGAAAGCAGCUGUGAGAAGAGCUGUCAGGUGACCAGCGAACAGAUCAAGGCCGACAUGAAGGCUGCUGCUGAUACCAGCAGGAGGACUAGCGUUAAAGGACUUGCCACUGAGGCAGUGGAGACCGCUGCAAGGCCUGGGGCUGACAGUGGGCCAGUACGGGGCACUGGGAGUGCUGGGGCAGCAGCAAGGACCGGGGUGAGGCCAGUGGCCGGAUCGGUGGACAGGGUUGGACCUGGAGCUGCCACAUCCAGGCAGGUGGGUGGAUGUGGGAGGCUUGUGGUGGGGACCACCCACAGAGCAACCACUACCACUGACAGAGCCACAGGAACUGGCAGGACUAAUGACUGCACAGAGGGCCCCUCUUGUACACAGACUGGGGAAAGUUCCACAAGAGAGACCGGGAUGAGGCAGAGUUCUGGUCCUGCCUGUGCAGACAGUCCGGAGCCCAGAGGUGCUGCUGUAAACCAUGCUUCCAGGAGAACAGCACUACUGACUGGACAGGGAGAGAGACAACCUGCUCCAGCUGGAUCGGCCUCCGCCACGUUUUCAGGUUCACAGCAGGGUCAGGCCAUAGACGAGUUUGUUCCCAGACGGCCUUUGACCCGAUCCUGCACUCGUACGUGCUCUGUGUCCCUGAUAUCUGAGACAGAUCUUUCCAAAGCCAGGCCUCGAGUAGCAGUGAGGAGGAAACGAAUGGCUGACAAAUCAACCAGCACCUCAGACCCAGUCACUGAGGACGACCACGUGCAGAUUUUGUCUCUGAAGAGUAAGAACCUGGUGGGCAUCACUCUGACCAACUGUGGGAUCACCGACCUGGUCCUCAAAGACUGCCCCAAGAUGAUGUUCAUUCAUGCCACCAGAUGUCGAGUGUUGAAGCAGCUGCGAGUAGAAAGUGCACCCAUAGUGAACAGGUUUGAUUAUGCUCAGUGUAAGAAGCUGGACAUGGAACAGGUCCUGGAUCAGAUACUGAGGAUGCCUCCUGAGAGGAACCGCAUCAUCUACAUGCGCCCUAUGCACCAGAUCGACUCUGUGGCGUUGGAGCGUCAGCUCUUCCAGGGGCCCUAUCCCUACCACAUCGCCAUUAUGCACGAGUUCAGCAACCCACCAAAUAUACGCAACAAGGUUCGCAUUCGCAGCUGGAUGGACACCAUAGCCAACAUCAGCCAAGAGUUGAUCAAGUACGAGUUCUUCCCAGAGGCCACCAGGACAGAAGAGGAUGUGAAGAAGUAUCCCACAUACCCCUGGGGCCGGGACAUCUAUACUCUGGAGGGACUGGUGGAUGGUGCUCCCUACAGCAUGAUCACAGACUUCCCCUGGCUGAGGACUCUGAGAGCCGCUGACCCCAACAGCUACGCCCGCUACGACUUUGAAGACGACGAAAGCACCACCAUCUACGCUCCCAGACGCAAAGGCCAGCUGUCAGCCGACAUCUGCAUGGAGACCAUCGGGGAGGAGAUCUCAGAGCGCCGGCAGAGCAAAAGGGGAGUGUUCCAGAGGGUGGUGGUGCUCUUCCUCCAUCACUGUGAUACGCCAGGAGAACCGGUGGAUGAUGACUACAUCUAGACAGAAGACGGGUCCCAACAGAUGCCGGUCUGGCAGCGCAGCCUGAGCUCCUGACUGACAACACUUUUCUUUGGAAAAGACACCUAGAGAUGUAAAGUCUGUUCGGACGAGGUUUACGGCACAUUUCUGCCGCUGAUUUUCUUAAUAUUUGAGCAAAAUCUUGUCAUGGAUGACCGCCCUAGAAGCGUACACUCUGGAAUAAUGUAUCUCUGAUGUAGUCCUGUAAGGCCAGUGUUGACAGCAUAACCCCAGGCGUCUGCACAGCUGCUUGUCUAUCAUGCAGAGCAGGGUUAUGCCCUCGGUCUGAUCUUUCCCCCGUCCACUGCCACAGUCUGCCUACCUCUGCACCACACAUGUGACCGAUCACCGACAGAAAUGGCCUUAGACAGAAAUGUCCAAGAAGAUAUUCUUUUUAAAUCAGUUUUAAGUUUUUUGUUUUUUUUCCUUUAUCAUGUAGAAAGGGACAUGGAGUUGGUGUCUCUCGAUGGUGUGUGGACAGUGUGUGUCAUUUGCAUUUUACAGCAAGCACUAGAUGGAAAACAGGCCGACGUGUUCAGUCCACGUGAAGCUGAAGAAAUGGAGCAGUUAUUGAUUAAUAUUGCUGCGGUUGAUUCUCGUUCUAUCAGUCCUCUUUGAAUGACGGGUCUGUUGGAUUCACCAGACCAAUCACAACACUUCCAUGCAAAUGGAACGCGUCCUGCAUGUCUUUGUCAUGUUGAGACGCUGUGGUUACCGCUGACUAUGCAGCAUUAAAACAACGGCUGCAAAACUCUUGGAGUUCGGCUUUGUUGAAGUCUGUCAGUUCUGACCUUUCCAAAGAACGAACAAAAAUGAUUUUGAUUCGAUCAAUAAGCCCGGUGUCCGAAAAUCAGAGAAGGAAUACAUCUGAACCUUUUUUGUGUUUAAAAAUUAAAUUAAAUAAAAAAAAAAAAAAAGGUAUUGACCAUGUGGGAAAUCAGAUUAUUUAGUUCUGAAAUACUUUUGAAUUUUGAGGGAGAGGGGAGGAAUUCUGAGAAUAAAGGCAGAAUUCUGACUGCUGAUAUUUAGACCUUUUUCAUUGGACUUCUGACUCUGUUCUCAGAGUUGUGGGUUUAUUCUCAUUUUUCUUAUUCCCAUCUCCCUACAGGGAUGGAAAAAGAGGGAUGGGUCAGUGUGUCAUACAUGUAUUCAUACAGUUUGUAUCACUAUGACACAGCUGAUGACUAUCUGACAGACAUUUCUCACACUGGAGAAAUUGGAACAAUACUGCAAACAAAGAGAUAACAAUUAUUCACCCAACAAACUGUUGUGCAAUACCCAAAGUUGGAAACUGACUUAACAAAGAUGUUUAAAUGUAGUUGGAGUGUGAGUUUAAGAGCUCGUGCUUCGCUGCUUCUGAGUCUUUGCUUAUCAAGUCUGUGUGAGAUCACACUGCUAGAUGAACCUACUGCAUUAUGUCAGGUGGUGCCACUCCUAGUUCUAUCCCAGUAUUGUUGGAAAAGAAGCUGAAUCAUGAACCGAAACAUCAAACUGUUUCUGCUUUUUAUUUUCAGAAUUGAUUUCAUUGCCAAGGAUAUUUUUUUUCCUCUAGCCUUCUCUUAAGGAUUUCAUUGGUCAUGUCUAUGGACAGCUCUGCCCUGUACUGUAGAGCAUUGAACAGGACAGACUGUCCAGGUUCAGGAUGUAUCAGGUAUUCCUCAAAUGUGUUUUAAGGGUUUGGGUUCAGAAAGAUGAGCAACUUCAUCAUGAGCUGACUGUGAAUGUUCACUAUCAAAGGAACAGGAAAUUCUUUUUGCAGGUUGAAUGGAGAGUAGGAUGCGAGUUCAGCCUUCUGUUUGUGAAUAGACUGUACAGAUGUCAUGGAGGACAGUACGCUUCCAUGGUGUUUAUAUGUUUAUAAUGAAAGAACAAGACUAUUUCACAUUGAAAAUAAAAUGAC